AUGAUGCAGCUCACAGACCGCCAGAUCCAGGACUUUCUGCGCCUGUGGAAGAACGACGGCAUGAUCUUCUUCAACAUCACGGCCAAGGUGCUCAUGGACUUCGUUCAGAGGACAACUGGUGAGAAGAUGCCGAGACAGGGCACCUAUCCUGCCUCGGUGUGGCAGCAGCUCUGCCAGCAGGUCAACGCUCGCCUGCGUGCCUGGAACCCCGAAGAUGGCUCCAAGGCCGUUUUCAAGUACCAGAAUGGCUGCAUCAAUCGAGUGCGCCGCUUCCAGACUCCCCUGACCGACCUCUUCAAGCCGCCGCGAGAUGCUGUGCUGUGCCGCCGUGUUGAGGCCAUUGCGAAUGCUGCUGAAGCUGUAGACACCACGUCUGCGGGCUCCGCCGAGAAGCUGAAAGCGCCACCUUUGCCGGCCUCUGUGGCAAAGCUCCAGAGUCUCCAGACUCUCCAGAGUCUCCAGAACCCACCCACCCCGACAACUACCGCGAGGAGCCAGCUGACGGAUGGCUCCGAUUCCAGCGUGUCCGAAGCGGAGCGUGCUAGCUUCUCCGAUUCUGAGCGAGCAGACGCGUCUGCUCCGUUUGCUUUUCGCCCGCCACCGGGCCUCCCUGCCCCGACCCACUGCCCACCGCAAGCCCAGCUGUGUGGCUACAACUGCCAGCUUGCGCCAGAGAGCUUCGACAUCUCCACACCCAGAAGCUGCGCAGGGUCGGGCAGAGAUUUGGAGGCAGACUUGGAUGGAUUUUGGCUGGAAGGCCCCUUGGAGGCAAGGGAAAACGCCACUGCUGUCCGCUGCAGCGACAGCGCCGCAGACGCAGCUGGCAUUGCAGGACGCUCGGAUUCCAAGCCGUCCAAGUCCUCUUCUCCAACAGACUGGAGCGUCGAGGAAGUUGUGGCGUGGCUCCACCGCCUCGGCUACGACUGGGUCGCUAGGUAUGCUCCGAGCUUCAGUUUCCACCAGAUUGACGGAGCAGUUCUGCCGCAGAUCACAGCGAACGACUUGAAGGAGGAGCUGGGGAUCAAGGAGUUGGGAUACCGAAAGGUACUCCUGGAUGAGAUCCGCUUGCUCUUUGCCGGCUCUCAGUAA